UUUCACACCACUGUAAAGCAUGUUUGUAUGAAUGUCAGACGCCGAGCCAACUCUCUUAUUUCACUUCCCUCGUUUGAGGACCAAUGCUGCGUGUUUGCACCGAGUAACUUGUUUGAGUUUUCGUCAGUUUAUUAUCAGCAGCCUUUUGCCUCAGGCCAGGAGUUUCUCAGCCAUCUUCGCUCCAUCAUACCGCUAUGCCGGAAGCCAUUACCCAACCGGUGAGGGGCUACGUGCAGUUUUCGUACGGUGUGGAUGUAUACACAUAACGCGUAACGCGUUUGCCAACAUAAAAAGGCAGUUUGCAGCAGCGUCCAUUUCUUUUUGGUGUCUAGCAUUUUGUUAAUACUGAACCCCCAUUGUUUCAUAUGGCCUGGACUGUUCAUUGGAACAGCGAUCACAUCACUAUCUAUGCCAGGUGAUGGCAGCUGCCCGCUCAGACGUUGGUGCCUCACAGCUUUCCUGAACCCCCCUGAAGGUAGAGGAGAGGCUCUCUGAUUCGCUCCCUCAGUUUUGGAAACACAGCCAGAAACUCAUCACGAAUUUGUUAAGGCUGAGUCUAAAGGCAUCCUGCGAAACAUUGGCAGUAGUUGGAAGAAAUGUCCACUACAGAAGUCGGCCGCUUAUGACCUCCUCUUUGCACUUGAAGUGUGGCUGUCAACUUCCUGGGGCACCUGCUAAUGUAUUGGGCACAAAACGAUUUGUACAGAAGUACUCCAGUGCUGUAGCGCCAAAGAAAAACUCAGAGACCGAGGAGAACAAAGGCCAUUUAGACGAAAAGUUUACACUGUUGUACAGGUUCCCAGCCAUUAAAUUUCUUCGAGUGGUUUCAAGGCUUAAACUGCUUCAGACUGGCAUCACCAUUGUUGUGCUUCCCUCAGUAUAUUACCUUUAUGUUCAGGGUGAGGCCACAUACACACUCUUUGCCUACAGCACUGGCAUUGCCAUCUUUGCUGCAGUGAUGCUUUACUCCAUGAGCCAUUAUCUACGUCGAGUAAUAGGAAUGAUGUACCUGAAUGAGAGCAAAACGGUUCUAAAAGUUUCUCAUCUUACAUUCUGGGGUAAGAGGCAUGACUUCCAUGUUCCAGUGCAUGAUGUUAUACCACUUGGGGACACUGGUGACUCUCAUAAUGAAGUGCUAUUACAGUUGAAGCGAUACAGCCAGCCAGAAGUGUUGUACUUCACCUGCAGGCUGGGUCAGGUUAUUGAUAGUGAAAGAUUUACACACGUCUUUGGAAAACCGUGAUGGGGAGCGUCAGGCAAUCAAUCAAUCAGUCAGUCAAGUUACCGUGGAAGUGACUAGCGCCUUAUAUGAAGCACGCAGUGACAGCAGCACCAGGCCGGGUGUGCGCACUUUACAGUAAUUGGACGUCUGCUCAGCGAAUAAACUGCUACAUAGGAGCAAACGUCCAGUAAAGGGAAGAAGGCCAUACAGGAUACUGGUCACUUGGGCCAGUUUGCAAACAUAAGUUGUGUUAAUUGAUGUAAAGUACCAAUGGAAAUGGUUUUUCCAUGACAGCAUAUGGAAUUAAACUCUGUUUUUAUAUUAAA